AACUCAAAGAGCUCUUAUCUCUCUUUCUUCAACAGAACGUCGACCACAAAAUUCCAUGUAGGAAACCCCCAUGCCUAUCUCGACCACCGGAUCGUUUUCUGUGCGACUACAAUUGAGAUAAUAGCUUCAUUCAUAUCGCACAUGCAGAUCCAGGAACCCCUCGCAGAGCUUCGUGCCAGCUACUCAAGCAUCUCCAGGAUAUCAUGGAGUCCCCCGUCCACGAUCAGAUAAAACAACUCGAGAAUGCGCGCAAAUUGGUCUUGAAUGAUGCCAUACACUAUCCACAAGUCGUGCAGGGAAUUCUCCCAAUAGGCGCUCCUGGCUCGAGGGUCGAGCUACGACGAUGGGUUUCCGAAUUCCUGGCAGAAACAUUUGCGAGUCCAUCAGUCGCGCCGCAGCAAAAGGAAGCGAUGAGUCUGAUUGUGUUGGAGACGUUGAAGAGUAUGAUUGAGAACCAGCAGGAGGAUUCGGCUGUGGUGAAAAGUGUGGUGCAGACUGCUGCUAGCAUAUAUCCUUUGGUGUUCAGAUGGAUCAUCAACAACUCUUACGACUCAGCAACCUGGGAACGAAUGCUCGCCAUUAAGUCGAGAAUACUGCGGAUGUGGGACAGCGCUGCUCCUGGUGUACGGAUAUGCUGCAUUAAAUUUGCCCAAAGAGUAGUAUUGGUUCAAACAAAAGGCCCAGAUGCCGAUCCAAGACGUGGCGAUCCCCUGGAAGUCUCUCUUUCCAUGGUACCUCAAAAUCAUCCCCUGAUACCACCAAAGAACCUCGAAGCGGAAGCGUCCGGUCUGUUGGACAGAAUGCUUGCAGUAUUCCAUGAGAAUAGCAGCGAUGCGGUACUUGUUGAUGCAACGUUGAACUCCCUCUCUACUCUAAUACGUGCCCGCCCCCAUAUUUCCAGUAAAAUCUUGAGUGUCAUCUUGAAUUUCAACCCGCUAAAGCAAGCAAACUCCCCUAUGACCCCUAAACUUCGUGUCAUGGUCAAGUCUAUGGAGAAGACCACUCGAUCGUUGCUUCUCCAUGUCCUCAAACGCGACCAGCAGCAUCCAUUAGCUGGAAAGAUGCAUCAAUACAUCGAGCGGAUGAUGAGAUCAAAAUCAGAUAUAUUUGAUGAAUCCGCACGGAAACGCGGGCCUCCAGAACCUACAGAUGGCUUCGAUGCUGCAAAGCGACAGAAGUUGGGGGCUCCUGUAUCGAGACUGGCUCCAAGACUCAAUGUGCCACCGCUUACACCAGGACCACAUACAAUUGCAGAACUGUUCACAGUUACUACGGAUGAUGCAUUGAAGACUUUUGACGUAUCACAGUUGUCUGAAGACUUGGUUCUGAAGAUUGGAGUUACUAUCAUGCAGAAGAUCGAUGCAGACACUCUCAAUCAAGCAGUUGAGGGUGUACGCCAUAGAUACAAGAUCUUGGAGGCUGCCGCGCCAGUCAUUCUCGAUCCAGCCACUGCUCCAUUAGGCGUUGAUGAGGAAGACGAUGAUUAUGAGCCGGAUUUCUACGCUGCAGAAGAUACGGAACAGAUAUUAAACAAGCUCGACAUUGCGCCUCCAGAGGAGACAACAGUCACAGCUCCCAGUGUAGCUCUUGGACAUUUUAUGCUCCCUGCACCUCCACCCUUGACUCUUGAGCAAGCUAGCCAAGUCGGCCAAGUGACAAUCGUAAAGAUGUUUGAUAUAAUGAAGUCCUUAGACGAGAGAGGCAAGAAGUCUAAGGCCGGUAUCAACAGACUUGCAGCGAGUGCAUAUGAUCGCGAUGCAUGGGUCACUAUUCUCAGCCGGAUAGCCACUCGUACGCCAGGAAUGUUAGAAGAGGCAAAAGAAAUCAAAUCAGAGCAAGAUGGUUCAAUCUCGGGAUCUCUCGCCACAAGAAUCCGAGAAUAUCUUUGCGCGUAUAUUUUAGAAGAUUUCCGGAAGCGCCUCGAUACCGCACUUACUUGGCUUUGCGAAGAGUGGUACAACGACAAGAUCCAGCUAACGUCUUGCCCAACCGCACCUCUCCAUUACGAGGAAUGGGUUCUCAAAGUCUUGGAUGGCAUGGUGCCAUAUUUGGAUGGUCAAGACAGAGGUUUGGUCAUCAAAUUCCUAGGCGAGAUCCCUGGCUUAAACAUGGAUGUGUUGGAUCGCGUUAAAGGUCUUUGUAGAGAUCCUGCGACGGUCAAUAUGGCGUUGCAGAGUCUGCUUUUCUUGGUUGCUUAUAGACCGCCGGUUAGGGAGCUGGUUUUGAAUGCCGUGGAGGAUAUUUGGGAUACUUAUGAGGAUGCCCGACCAAUGGUAGUGAAACUAUUCACCAAAUGGCGACCAGGUCUCCCAGACCGCCUGAAAGCGGCCGAUCCGACCGUGGAAGUAGAAGAGCAGAAACCGAUCAAUGGUGAUACUGCUGUGGCCGCUUGAAAUAAAGCCGUGCCGAAUUUUCAUAAGAUAAAAGGAAACAUCUCACUUUAUUGUACUUUAGCAUUUCUUCUUUUCGUCUGACGCUACUUCGCGUCCACCGCAGCGUGUCGUUGCGCCCAUGUAUGUUUUGGGCAUGGUGCAUUCAUUGGCGGCGUUCAGGAGUGGGAUUGAUAACUGCUCGUCUUGAUAGCGAGGAGGUGCAGCAUGGUCUGAUAUCAAGACUUAGGGGGAACAGGGAUGGCAUCGGCAUUGGCAUUGUAUUUGUGUACCGAAAGACGGCUGCGUGGAUGUAGCCCUGCAUUAUGGAUAGGAGGCAAACAUGGCAGACAGGUAGCUGCUGAAAGCGGACAACGUGACUCUAUCUGGCUGGCUGCCUUAGUUGUGGUAGUGCCGGAAAGAAUGAAUUGACAAUCCAACGUGGUUUGCGAACUUUUUAAGGGUUGAAUUUGUCCGUGGCAAGUGCCACUUUGAUUGGCUAUGAUCGAACUUUCCGAAUACCUGAUCUCUGCAUGAUUUCAUUUACCUCCUAUUCCCUACCGACCGCGUUCUUGGGGGCCUUAUAUCGGGAUGAUAAUGUGGUUCAAAGUCCCUUGUUGACAAAGUCAAGGAAAGAAGGGAAGGUCAAGCGACAUUGUGGCUUUGCCCCCAUUAGCCACAGAGAGGAAGGUCCCCAUCGCCCAGUCCUCACCCUACGGGGGUUUUCAUGCAGACAACGUCUGUAAAGUGUCUGCAUUUUAUCUAUGUUCCUAGUAGUAGUAAAAUACAGACAAAAUUCAGACAAUGUCUGCUACAAGUGUGUCCAAAAAGUGCAGACAAUGUCUGUAAUAGACGCAUGAAAAAGCACAGACAAUUUAGUGUGUAUCACAGACUUUUCAUGUUUUAAUAUAAAGUUAAACACAGACCUUUUACUACUUACCUCCGGAACACUCGGAAGGGAGACCUACCUUAGGAGGAAGGGAGGGAGACCUUAGGAAGGAGACCUACCUUAGGGGGGAGGAGCGAGACCUACCUUAGGAGGGAG